AUGUAUGAGAAUGAUCCUCGUAUGCUAUUUAACCAACCACUAUCAGCUCUCAUUGGUAUAAUGAGCUCAAUAGUAUUAUUAACUCAAUUGUUUGCAUCAUUUUUUUUAACUACAGUAUACAUUUACAUAUUUGAAGUUAUUAUUUAUAUUUGUAUGCUUCUUGUCUUAUCCUCUGGAGUUCGACAAAAGAAAGUUGGAAACAUAUUGGCUUAUUCAUUCUUCUUAAUUAUUUAUGUUUUUUGGACUUCUUUCGGAGUUAUGAUCUUCAUAUGGUAUAUUAGCUUAGAAGCUGGAUUACCAUGUAGACAAACAUCCACACCUACACCUGUCAAAACUCUACUAGAAGUAAAUACUGUUCCACCUACAGGACUACCAGGCUUAUGUGGUAAUCAUAUGGGAGGACAAUAUGUUGCUCUACUCGUUUGUUGCAUCGCAUUCUCCUCAAUCAGCUUGUUGGCUUGUGCUUAUCAAAUUCGUCUUUGUUUUCUUCUUCAGAAAAUUCUCAAAAGUGAACAUAGAAACCGUAAUAUGGCCAUUGUAACAUAUCAAAACCGUUUUGGAUUUACAGCUCCACCUAGAUAUACAGUCUCAUCACCCGCACCACCUCCGCCAUCAACUCUUGCAACAGCAACCAACUUACCAGAAAAACCACCAUGUUAUGCUGAAGCUCUGUCAUCUCCCACUCAACCAGCCCCUGCAAUUCAGCUUCAACCAGAAGUACUUAUGCAAGACUUGAACAGAGCUGAUGAGCAACAAGCAGCUCCUAGCAGACAUUUUUCUGAUCUCCUUGAUUUGGAAUCAAACAGAUCAAACCCAACAGCAAAUAUAGCGUCACAAGAAGAAGAGACUUUUGAAACCAUUAUUUUGGAUCCACAAACACCCGUUCAUCCUUCUACAAGUACAGCUGAACCGACGCAUAGUUCAAUUCAUAGCGAUAAUCAGCCUACAAUAGGAAAUGUUGAUUUAUUGAACUAA